GUUGGUUAGGCAGGAUCUGAACAUAGCAAACCUAACGCGCCCCGUCCAAAAAAGUUGGCAGAAGACUAAUGAGCCGUGGGAACAAUUGUGAUCAUUUCUUGAGGUUUUGAAGACCUCGACUUCACGGUCGUGGCACACGAUGGCGCCCAUAAAAAAGACCAAGGCUUUGCCCAAGGUCCGCUCUUCUGGAUCCAAGGAACCAACACUGAAAAAAGUGAAAGGCGAGAACUUUUACCGCAAUGCAAAACAAGUCGGCCGUCUCAAGAUGCUGUCGGGGGGAAAGGCCAUCCGGGAUAAGGAUGGCAAGAUAAUUCAGGCUGCUGCGUUUCAGAAGGGAGAAGACGAGACAAAACCUGGGAGAGUUCAGCCCGAUCGUAGAUGGUUUGGCAAUACACGAGUGAUCUCACAGACAGCUCUUGAUCACUUCAGAACGAGCCUCUCGACGAAGAAAGAUGAUCCAUACUCAGUGCUACUCCGUCGAAAUAAACUACCCAUGGCGCUCUUGGACGAUGCGUCCAACCCUAAUACCCGAAAGCGAUCCCACAUCGUGGAAACAGAACCUUUCAGCGAGACGUUUGGACCCAAGGCACAGCGCAAGAAGGCCAGACUUGACGUUGGCACUUUCGAGGAACUAAGUAAACUGGGCGCAGCUGCAGCGGAAGAUGCUGAACAAGUAGCCAAUGAUCUAGAAAUAGCGCAGUCUUUGGACGCCUCCGGGCCGCAAACCCACGCAGACUAUAUUGAACCCAUUUUCGCUAAAGGAACGUCAAGGCGCAUCUAUGGGGAGCUGUACAAGGUGAUAGACUCCUCAGACGUUAUACUGCAUAUCCUUGAUGCUCGCGAUCCCCUUGGCACCAUGUGUGAAUCUGUGCUCGAGUACAUGAAAAAAGAGAAAGCGCACAAACAAGUUGUCCUUGUCAUCAACAAGUGUGACUUGGUGCCUAAUUGGGUUACUGCAAGGUACAUUCAACAUCUAACACCUCGAUACCCUACGAUUGCCUUUCACGCGUCACCGAAUCACUCGUUUGGCAAGGGCUCUUUGAUUCAGCUCCUUCGCCAAUUCUCCCAGCUUCAUUCGGAUAAGAAGCAAAUUUCCGUUGGAUUUGUUGGAUACCCAAACGUAGGCAAGAGCAGCGUCAUCAAUACCUUGAAGAGUGGUAAGGUCUGUCGUGUUGCACCUGUGCCAGGAGAAACCAAGGUUUGGCAGUAUAUCACAUUGACCCGGCGGAUAUAUCUCAUCGACUGUCCGGGUGUCGUCCCUACGUCCGCAAAUGAUUCCCAAACGUCCACUGUCCUCAAAGGUGUUCUACGCGUUGAAGCCCUUCCCGUGCCGUCUGAGCACAUCCCCACUCUUAUGUCGCGCGUAAAGCCGUUGUAUCUCUCGCGAACAUAUGGUGUUCCUCUUCCAUAUCCUGACGAUCCAUCUCGCUUCUGGGAUCCGGAACAGUUCUUGGACACUCUUGCGCGGAUGAAGGGACGCUUAUUAAAAGGAGGCGAGCCAGACGUAGAUGGCGUUGCUAAAAUCAUACUGAGCGACUGGGUGAGGGGCCGAAUACCAUUUUUCGUGCCUCCCCCUGAGCGGUCGGAGGAGCUCAACAAAACUGAAGCUAAGUUGAAGGCGAGAAGCAAGGGCAAAGAGAAAGCUGUCAAGGGCGAGACCGAGGUGUUGGCGGUCAAGCAGAAUUUGAAGACCAUUGUGCAGAAGAACACGUUCCUUGCUGAGGACACUGAAGAGGAUGAAGAAGUUUCCGGUGCCCCAGGAGAUAAUGCAUCAAAGGAAGGGGAUGAAGGGAGCGAACUCGGUAGCGAUGAAGGCAACGAUGACGAUGACGAAGAAUUGUCUUGGAACGAUGUCUUCGACGAUAAGAACGAGCCGGCAAGCCAAGGUAUUGAAGAUAAUUUGUUUUCGGCCGAGCAAGGUGACACACCCGAUGUAGAGGACACUGCGCUGACGAAGAAGCCACGCAUGAAGACGAACAAGAAAAAGGCAGAGAAUUUUUACACAAACACCAAUGUGAAGAACAAAAAUCGCAACAAAGCGGCUCUGAUGAAGUCUCUUCCUGUGGGCAAGAAGGGUGAAGGACGGAAACGGCGCUGAUACUUGACUAGAUAUGUUACUGCUGUGCAGAUGAAUUGUUUUACUGCCAUCAAACGUUCACCUAUUUUGAGCGUGGAUCAAGUCGGACUAACGCAGAAAAGCUAAAACAAAUCUUCCUCCGCGCUUUCUCCGACUCGUCAUGUCUAUCAGCAACGUUCAUAGCAUUGACAGGCACGCUUGUGGUCUGAAGAGGAUACUAGCUCCAACGUAUGAGCCGGUUUCGUGAAAAUGGCCGAAAUCUGGUACGAGGAUUGCGUGGGAAAGAAAGCAUAGAAGCU